AUAAAAUGGCGGGAAACAAAGGAUAACUAGGGCACAGCUUCUCUGCCGAUUGAUCCGCUCCCCUCAUAGCAGAUCCUGGGGUUCUCAACAAAAUGGAGGAAAUUGAUAUCGAUGAAGAGGAGUUUGGAUUUUCAAGAAAUUAUUUCUUAGCAAAAGAGUCUGGAAAGUCGGGGAAGAAAUCAGCCAGAAAGCUUUCCGAAAUUGAUCUUGUUGAUGAACAGGAACUUCGAGCUGAGGUGUCUAACAUUGAGCCAAAGCAUGAGAAAGAAAUUGCUUCACUGAUAAAUAGUUACAAAAGUCAGUACAAUGACUGGGUUUUUGAGUUGAGGUAUGGUUUUGGUCUUCUAAUGUAUGGUUUUGGAUCUAAGAAGAGUUUGAUUGAAGAUUUUGCUUCAACAGCUUUGACUGAUUAUAGUGUGAUUGUUGUUAAUGGAUACCUUCAGUCAAUCAAUCUUAAACAGGUUGCCAUUGCAAUGGCCGAAGUCCUAUGGGAUCAGUUGAAAAUGCAACCAAAAGGGUUGCAUCAUAAAGAUGAACAGCCAUUUGAUUCGAGGUCAAUGGAUGAUGUUAUUGGUUUUCUUGAUGGGCCCCACGUAUCAGAAAAUGAAUGUUUAGUGUGUCUUGUGAUUCACAAUAUUGAUGGGCCUGGAUUGCGUGAUUCCGACUCUCAACAUCUUCUAUCAAGAAUUGCUUCUUGUUCCCAUGUUCGUAUUGUUGCUUCCAUAGACCACGUGAAUGCACCUCUAUUGUGGGACAAGAAAAUGGUUCAUGUGGAGUUCAACUGGUGUUGGCAUCAUGUGCCUACUUUUGCAGCAUACAAAGUCGAAGGAGUCUUUCAUCCUCUUAUUCUUGCUCAUGGUGGCACCUCUCAAACUGUAAAAACAGCUUCAAUUGUCUUACACAGUUUGACACCAAAUGCCCAAUCUGUCUUCAAAGUUCUUGCACAGCAUCAAUUAGCCCAUCCUGAUCAAGAAGGAAUGCCGAUUGAUACAUUGUUCACAAGCUGUAGAGAGCGGUUUCUGGUGAGCAGUCAGGUGACAUUGAAUUCCCAUUUGACCGAAUUCAAAGAUCACGAAUUGGUCAAAAUCAGAAGACACUCUGAUGGUCAGGAUUGCCUCUACAUUCCUCUCUCCAAAGACGCACUUGAAAAACUCGUGCUUGAGAUCAAUCAAUAAGAGCUUUCUGCAACCCCCGAGCUGACCCAUACUGUCCUGCCCAAAAACAACUGACAAGAUUUCUUGUCGGUUGAAUGUAUCUGGAAUGUAUCCGGAAGGACACGAUUAAUUUAGGUGUCAUGUGCACUUCCUGAAAAGGAGGCACACGAAUUGUAACGAUUCAUUAUGUUUGAAAUAGUUGUAUACAGAUUAUCUGUUUUUGAUUUAUGACCUACUUUUUAGUUAAA